UAAUUAUAAAUGAGGGUCAUUUAAACUUUCCUCUUGUCUACUUCGCAGUUGCAGCUUAGAGUUUAUUAAAUUGAAAUUUUUCAGAAAUAAAAUGAAACACGAUUACAUCAAACGACUGCUUUCAUUCGUAUUUUCACGUAUAGGAUACCAUAUUGGGUGCCACCCUCUUUGGUACUUGUUUGUACCAUUUUUUAUAACGACCCUUUUAGCAACAGGGUUUUAUAAAAUUACAUUAGUCAACGACAUCGAGUAUCUGUACAGUCCCAUCAAUGCCAGAGGGAGAACGGAAAGACAUACGCUAGAAACUCUCUUCCCUCCCAAUAUAUCCCAAGAUUUUGAUUUCUUCAGGAUAUCCAAAGCGGGAAGAUUGGGUUCUGUUAUAGUCGUACCUAAGAAAGAUUCUUCUAUGCUAAAUGAAUUGAUCAUCGACGAUUUAAUACGAUUAGAUCACAUGAUACAAAAUAUAAGUAUAUUCUGGAACAAUAGCUCAUUCACGUACAAAGAAUUGUGUUGUAAAACCAUAAAAAAUGAAUGCUAUCCAAAUUUCGUAUUGUCCUUCAAAGGAAAAACCGAAGAAAUUAAAGCAGGAAAAUUUGCCAUUCGAUAUCCAUUUGAUAAAAAUAAUGGCGAUCCAAUAACAUCAGCCAUGAUAUUGGGAGGCGUUCGUGUAAACGAAGCAAACAACAUAAUAGACUUUAAAGCAGUCCGAUUGCUCUACAUGUUGGACUAUAGUACAAAAGUAAAGGACGAAAUGGCAUCGAAGUGGGAAGAAACAUUUCUGGAAAGUUUAUCAAAUGUCCAAUUCGAAACCAUAGAAAUUUAUAAAUUCAUUGGCAAAAGUUUCGAUUACGAAGUGAAUACAAUAAGCAAAAUGGUUUUACCUCUUCUGUUUAUCGCAGCCCCGCUUAUACUAAUAUUCGCUGCUGUAUCAUGCCUGACUUUCGAUGUUGUCACUAGUAAACCGUGGUUAGGCAUUAUGGGAUGUCUAUCACCAGUCGUCUCGACAGUAGCUGCAUUUGGUCUUCUACUCCAUUGCAAUGCGGAAUAUGUAGAUUUAAACUUGGGCAUUCUGUUUCUAAUGUUAGGUGUUGGCAUCGAUGAUUCUUUUGUGCUGUUAGCUUCCUGGAGGCGCACGAGUAGAAAAGAUGAUGUGAAGCAUAGAAUGAGUGAAGCGUAUUCCGAAGCUGCUGUGUCCAUAACCGUCACUUCUUUGACCAACUUCCUAUCGUUUUGUAUAGGACUUACUACUCCGUACAGGGUUAUUCAAAUAUUCAGCCUGUACAGCGCAGUAUCCGUAUUAUUUGAUUUCUUUUAUCAAAUAUUUUUCUUCGGGAGUUUUAUGGCACUAGAAGGUUUCAGAGAAGAAAAGCAAUUACAUUCUGUUCUAUGUCUACGUGUCAAAUCAGUGAAGGAAGCCGAAUUAUCAGAGAAUACAAGAAGGGACGAUACAUUUAUGAUGAAAUUUUUCCGCGAUAUUCUCGGCACAUUUCUUCAAAAUAAUUUCGUCAAGUUUUUGGUCAUCGUGGUAUUCGUUCUGUACCUAAGCCUGGGAAUAUAUUGCACAAAAUGGAUAAAGGAAGGAUUCGAUUACGUGAACAUCCUGCCAACAUCAUCAUAUCUUCUUAAGUACAUGGUAGCGCACUAUGAAUAUUUCACCGAUUACCCCCAAAGAAUACACCUGAUCAUAAACAAGCCUUUAGACUACUCUGAUCCAAAUGUGCAAAACGACUUGGAAAAUAUCCUCCAUAACUUUGAAACGGCGCCAUUUAUGGCAGAUUCGUCAACUACGGAAUGCUGGCUGAGAGAAUAUAUCGCUUUUAUCAAAGAACCGAUAUCAAAAUUUUCAUUGUCCGGUUACAAUUUAAGCAAUUCUGAAGAUUUUCUGGAAGGUUUCAAGAACGUAUUCCUGAAAUUCAAAAGCGCUCACAGAUUUAGGAAGGACGUUCUGUUCAACGAAGACGGCACCCAAAUUGUGGCAGCGAGAUUCCUAAUACAGAGUCAUAAUGUAAGAAAUGCGACCGCGGAAAGACUUCUACUGCUAAACGUGCGAAGAAUUGCCGACAGCAGCAAAUAUCCGGUAACUGUUUACAAUUUCUGGUUUAUCAUAUUCGACCAAUACUUGGAUCUCUUAUCAACGUGUAUUCAAACAAUAUGCGUGGCAGCUUUAAUGAUAACCAUACUAUUUCUGGUAUUCAUCCCUAAUAUAGUCUGCGUGGCAUGCGUUACUUUAACUGUUAUAUCUAUACAAAUAGGUGUAAUAGGUUAUAUUUCUCUAUGGAGCGUUAAUAUCGAUAUAGUAUCCAUGAUAGUUUUAGUCCUGUGUACAGGUUUCUGUGUCGAUUAUUCGGCUCAUAUAUCAUACUCUUACAUGUGCUCCGAAUCCACAGAACCGAAUGAUAAACUAAAAAGUUCCCUUUAUGCAGCCGGUUAUCCGAUUUUGCAGGGUUGUUGCUCCACUGUACUCGGCGUAGCUGUUUUAUAUUUUGCUCCCUCUUAUUCUUUUGUUAUAUUUUUUAAAAUCAUUUUAUUAGUGAUGAUUUUUUCGUGUUUUCAUGGGUUAAUUUUGUUGCCGGUUAUUCUCAGUAUCGGUGACUCUUUAUUCAUAUAUUGGAAAAAGAAUUUUAGCAAAACUACUGUUAAUAAUCGUAAAAAGUAUUCGCUGGUAGAAGAAAUUCAUUUACCCGAAGAAACAUUAACAUCCUUAGAAGACAGAUAGAUCCAUUUUAUCGAUAUAACUAUGUAAAACUAACCCCGAAAAAGUACAAUUAUUGAUAAAAAUAUGAAAAUUUAAUAGGGAUAUUUUAUAAAAAGAGCAUUUUGAAAUAAUUAAUUCUUCGUUUACCUUAUUUAAUUAUCAUAUUUUACUAAGUAACAAUGGAAAUUUAAGAUUUAAUUUAUAUAUAGCCCUAACCUAUUGACUCAAUAAUAGAAUUCCUGUUAUCUGUUUUCUAUACGCUUAAACCUGCACUAAAUUUCACAUACCUAUUCUUUAAAACCCUACGGAAAAUGCUUUCUCGUACUUACUCUUUAGGAUCAUGCGGAAAUUAUAAGUUGGACAUCCAAUUCUUCCCCUGAUUUCAUCCGCUUGACACUUCGUGAUGAACAUGACAAUAGUUUGUCCUUAAUUAGGCAAAGAUUGCUCACAUAAAAUGCAGUAAACUUAAAUUAUCACAUAGUGUGAGGGUGGAAUGCCCAAGUGUUAUGGUAAGCCAUACUUACGGCGGGGUCGUAGAGAGUAAAUAUGAAAAUUUUGGUGGAGAUCCAUGUUUUAAUGUUUGUUCUUAUUACUUUGCGCCCGGGCACGAUGGGCACAAAUAAAUCAUUAAAAAAAAAGCCAACCAUGCAUUGUAACUAACUAAACACUUGAUGCAUUUUCAGCACUUUUAUUGUUUAUUAAUUAAGUUAAUAAUAAAAAUUGUUUAAACAACAUAAAAAUAUUCCUUCUGAUGUUUAAUAAUCUCAUUAAUGUCGUGUCUAUUGCCAAUAUUGUUGAUAUUGUUAUCGUGUGCAACGAACCGUGUAAUUUACCAUUUAGUUAAUUACACGACUCACGGCGUAUGUAAUGAUAGGCAAUUCAACCAAACAACAAUAGUCGAGACAUUAAUAAGUAUAUUAAGCUUCGGAAGAAAUAAAAAGUAUUAUCUUAAUUUAAAAUUUUUCUUAAAUUAAAAAUUUUAUCUAUAAAUUGCUGAAAUAUGACGUUUUACUACCGAAAUCAACGCUAAUAAACACGGAAAUAAGUGUUUUCUCUUCGUUGUCUUUUACUAAAAAUUAGUUUUUAAAAAUAUUCCGUAAUAAAAUAA